CGACCGCACGUGUCCCUACGUUAAUCUUGUAAUAGUAUCAAAGUUAUCAGAGUAAAUAACUUUAAAUUCAUAAAAUCUUUUAUUGCACACUCGUGUAACUACAUCGUGUCGCUGUCAAGACCCCUGCCUGAACAUUUCUUCGAGCCGGAUGAGGAGUGGAAUUUACCGCGUGCCUCGUUGUAACCUCCAACUGACCUGUCGCCACAACGUGCAACCACGUCGGGCGGGUUUUGUGCAGCGGCCGGAAGAUUACAUCGAGACCAUAAUAAUUACAACGAAUACUUCAAGCAUUAGAAAACACAGAAAUCAUAAAAUAAACCAAGAAGGUCGACAUAUAUACUUCGGACGGCGCCAUACUUACCACGCAGUGAGAGUGAGAACCUCUUGUGAGUUCGUUCCAUUUUCCAUACUAUUUCCCCUAAUAUUUUACCAGUUUUAUCCAAUAUUCUUUCUAAUUUUAUUGCUAAAUCCAAUUCAUUUGUAUUUCCACACAAAUUAAUCCUUAUUUUAGCCACCAAGUGCUUCUACAUUGUGGAUACCUGUGAUACUUUUCACUAUUUCAUGGCAAUAAUCACAAUAGUUUUCAUUCCCCCACAAGUUAAUUAAUAUUUUUUCAGCUACCUAGUGCUCAUAGAUUGUGGACACCUGCACCAGUAUUUGUGAUAUUUUGAAUCUCACAUUCAAUUUCAUUCCAGAUCGUUUCGUGCGCAUUGGAUUGCGCUUUGUAUUGCGAACAGCGCGUUCCCGCGUGGCCAAGGUCACGCGCGCCUGCGCCUGCCGUGCCUCGCUCGCUUGCCGCGCCACGCCGCGCUUGCCCCACGCCACGCUUACCUUCACGCGCACCUAUUCACACCCUCAUUUGCACCGUGAUUUUCUGCUUGCAGUUAAAAUUUAAGUAUUCCUUGCUAUUCACAAACUUUCAUUGAUUGUAAAUUGUUUUUUUUGCAUUUUAACUUUAGUGGAUUUCAGUUUCAAUUACAAUGGAUCUCAAAACAUUGAGAAAAACACGAGAUGACGAAUUGAAGGAAAGAGAAACCUUCGAGACGAGCUUCCACGCAGCAGUCGCCUCAGCGGAGGAGUCGCUGGCCAGAAACACCAAGCAGUCCGGCGGGCUCUCCUCGGCGGGCGAUGAUGGGUCACAGGUGACAGGUUCUGGUACUGCAAUAGCGGCCGGGCCUCCUUCACUUAAACUUCCUACUAUUAAUUUACCCACCUUUUCUGGUCGUUAUCAUGAUUGGUUAGGGUUUAGAGAUUCGUAUAUUUCGCUCAUUCAUAAUAACAAUUCGAUACCUAAAAUUCAUAAAUUUCACUAUUUGCGUGCCUCUUUAAAAGACAGUGCCUCAUUGAUUAUACAAUCAAUAGAUUUUUCUGCUGAAAAUUACGAAAUAGCUUGGGGUUUAAUAUGUGACAGGUACAAUAACAAAAGAUUACUUGUCAACAAUCAUAUAAAGGCAUUAUUUGACUUAGAAAUGAUAAUUCGAGAAUCAUCCAGAUCGUUGCGUAACAUGAUAGAUACCGUUAACAAAAAUCUUAGAUCGUUAAAGACGCUCGACUUGCCCACAGAGCACUGGGAUGUGUUGAUUAUACACAUGGUUUCUAGUAAACUUGAUCCAAUCACUUCUCGCGAGUGGGAAGAGGAGAGAAAUAAAAUUAAAGAUAUGCCAUCAUUACAACAAUUCAUUACUUUCGUUAAAAAUCGCGCAGAUUUACUGGAAACCAUGGAAAUAUCACAGCACAAACCACGUCGACACAGUGACGUCACACACACCCGUCCUAAGACAUUCAUAGCAUCAUCUACCUCAAACAUGACUCAAUCUUCGUGUCCUAUGUGCAAGGGUAGUCAUUCUAUUUAUCAAUGUUUUCGUUUUAAGUCGCUUCCAAUAGAAACUCGAAUUACAAAGGUUAAAGAAUUUAAAUUGUGCAUUAAUUGUUUGCGCAAGGGACAUGAAAUUGAAAAAUGUACACUGGGUCCGUGCAAAAUUUGCUAUAAAAAACACAACAGUCUAUUGCACCUUGAAGGACGGAACAAUUCGAAGAGCCUACCAGAAGUAAAGUCAAGUUCUUCUCCUGGGUGCGUAGUACUAUCCACAUCCAAGGGUAACUCACAGCCUGAGGCUCAGUCUCAAGUAAUUAAUGAUAGCGAGAUCACGUUAUCAUCAUGCACCCAACAUAGUCAAGUUUUACUUUCGACAGUUCUAAUUGGUGUUAAAGAUAUUGAAGGCAAAACUCACAAGGUGCGAGCAUUGUUAGAUAACGGUAGUACCUGCAAUAUCAUCACAGAACAAUUACAGUGCAAACUCAAACUUCCGAGUCAACAGACUCAGGUCUCCGUACAGGGACUAUACAAUCAACAUUCACAAAUUACAAAAAGAUGUGAUGUUGACAUUCAUUCAUUAAUGGACAAGGAAUAUAAACGAAAAAUAAAUUGUUUUAUUGUACCUUGUGUCACUCAAAUACUACCAUCACAUAAAGUCAACACAAACUCAUUCAACAUUCCACAGCACAUCCACCUUGCAGACCCCACGUUCCAUACGCCAUCCGAGGUGCAGAUGUUGCUAGGAGCCGACCUCUUUUGGGAGGUGCUCCGAAAUAACCACAUUUCCUUAGGAAAAAACAGGCCAACUCUAAAUGAAACAAGGUUAGGUUGGUUGGUUUCAGGUGUCAGUCCGACCCAGGUACGCAAUUCAAAAAAUAGUAAUUUAUUUACUAACAUUCAGUCAUCAUCACAAUAUACUAUGCAUUCUUAUCAUUUAUCUCAUUCAGAUUCUGAGUUGCAGAAAAAACUCGACCAUUAUUUUCAAUGCGAAUCAUUCGCUGAUCCACCUCGUCUCACUAAAGACGAAAUACAAUGUGAAACCAUUUUCACAGAAACUACAACUCGUCAACCAGACGGUCAAUUUGUAGUUACCAUUCCAUUAAAGUUGUCACCUAGCCACUUAGGAGACUCAUACGAACAGGCACGUGUUAGAUUUCUCGCUUUAGAGCGAAAGUUCAAUCGAGAGCCAUCUUUUAAAGAUAAAUAUAUUAUUGUGAAUUUAUGUCAGAUUAUAUUCAUUUGGGCCAUAUGACAGAAAACAAAACAUUAUCAAGCGAUAACAACGCUUACUUUCUGCCGCAUCACGGCGUACUAAAAGAAACAAGUUUAACAACCAAACUCAGAACCGUUUUCGAUGCAUCAGCAACUACCACGUCAGGUUAUUCUUUGAACGACAUUCAGUUCAUCGGCCCCACAGUGCAGGAUGAUUUAAUAAAUAUUUUGAUUCGUUUCAGGCAACACAAAUAUAUAGUAACUGCUGACAUAGAGAAAAUGUACCGUAUGAUUCUUGUCAGCCCUCAACAAAGAUCAUUGCAACAAAUAUUAUGGAGGUCGGAUCCCACAGAACAAAUAAAGGUUUAUAAACUAAACACGGUUACAUUUGGGUGUGCCUCAUCUCCUUUUCUUGCCACUAGGUGUCUCAAACAAUUAGGCCAAGAUUGCUUAAAUAACAUAAACACAAAACCCACACAACAUAAUCAGAUUAACACAUUAACUGCCACAUCCAUUUUACACGACUUUUACAUGGAUGAUCUAGUGACUGGCAAUGAUAAUUCAGCGUUAUUGGUUGACAUUUGUAAAGAGAUAAAUAAUAAUUUAAAGGGUGCCAAUUUUUAUCUUCGAAAGUGGAAAUCAAAUAACAAAGAUAUUUUGAAUGAAAUUCACGAGCUUGAUAAAACCAAUGAUGAUCCUUUACUUAUGUUAAAUAAUGAUAAACUUUCUAAAACUUUAGGUAUUUUGUGGGACAAUCAAAAUGACACUUUAUUAUUUUCAUCAUUGCCGAUCACUGACACCAACACACCACACCAAACGAAACGGUCUGUUCUGUCUCAAAUUGCGCAAAUAUUCUACCCUUUAGGUUUAAUUAACCCUUGCUUACUACAAGCCAAAAUAAUUUUACAAAAACUAUGGGCAAACAACCUAGCUUGGGACGACACGAUUUCACCUGACUUGCAAAGGCAAUGGGAUGAAUUCCUUAAACAUCUAUCUUCUCUUGACAAUAUACAAAUACCACGUCAUGUUAUAUGCGAUUCUCCAAUACAGAUUCAACUUCAUGUAUUCAGUGACGCAUCUAUGCAUGCGUAUUCAGCAUGUGUUUAUAUUAGAAGUGUCUCCGCUGAUGGUUCUGUUAGUGUACAUCUUUUAAUUGCAAAAUCCAGAGUAGCUCCCUUCAAGAAAAACUUAACAACUCCCAGAUUAGAGCUAGAAGGGGCUUUACUUGCUACAAGAUUAGCAAAAAAGGUAAAAUCCUCACUCAGAAUUCAAAUAGAUGUCGUAAAUUAUUGGUCGGAUUCGACUAUUGUUUUGGGUUGGAUUAAAAUGCCUAAGUCUAAAUUAAAACAAUAUGUGUAUAACAGAGUGACUGAAAUCACAGAUAAUACACAAUCCACAAGUUGGUAUCACGUUCCCACUUCAAUGAACCCUGCUGAUAUUGGUUCUCGGGGUUCGAAUCCACAACAACUUAGUAACAAAAACAACACAAUUUGGUUUUCAGGUCCAGAUUUUCUCCACCAGACUGAAAUACUCAUGCCACCACAACCACUCAACAACAAUGACAUUAUAUUACCGGAAAUAAAAUCACAUUGUCAUUUUUUAAACGAUCCAAUUGAUAAUAACAUUGAUAAUUUUAUUAAACGCUUUUCCAAUUUUUCUAAAUUAUUGCGAAUUUUUGCUUAUGUUUUGAGAUUUAUACAUAAUUGUCGCCAUUCGCUUAAGAAAACUAAAGGUUAUCUGCAAAUAAAUGAAUUUAACUGCGCCGAAAGGCUUUUGUGUGCUCUUGUACAAAGAGAUAUGUUUCCUAAACAGUAUAGAUUGUUACAGAAUAAUGACAAGUUGCCGCUUAAAGAUAAAUUACUCAAUUUAAACCCAAUUAUGGAUCAAACAAAUGUAAUGAGAGUGGGUGGAAGAUUAUCAAAUUCAAAUAAUACAUACGACACUAAACAUCCAAUCAUACUACAUGCCAAUCAUCAUGUCACACAAUUGAUAGUUCAACACUACCAUAAAAUAUUGUUACACGCUGGUCCACAACUCAUGCUAUCCACAUUAAGACAAAGGUAUUGGAUUAUCGGUGGACGUAACCUAACUAGGAAAAUUGCACGCAAUUGCAUAACAUGUUGUCGAUUUUCUAAUAAAAGCAUUCAGCCUAUAAUGGGUAAUCUGCCAAAAGAAAGAUUGCAUACUGAUUUUCCAUUUCAGAACACUGCUGUCGAUUAUGCUGGUCCAAUCAUGAUAGCGGACAGAAAGGGCCGCGGUUGUAGGUUGCAAAAGGCCUACAUAUGUGUAUUUGUUUGCCUCGCUGUACGAGCAGUUCACAUAGAACUUGUCACCGAGCUAAGUACAAACGGUUUCCUUGCCUGUCUCAAUCGAUUCAUCGCUCGUCGGGGUAGGCCGUGUAAGAUUUUUUCCGAUAAUGGAAAGAACUUUGUGGGCGCUUGUAAUGAAUUAUCAAGGUUUUUGAAAAUGAAAUCCAAUGACAUUUCGAUUUAUGCAGCAGAAAAUCAAAUAGAAUUUAAAUUUUCUCCCGCUUAUAGCCCCCAUUUUAAUGGUUUAGUAGAGGGUUGUGUAAAGGCAAUUAAAUUUCAUUUAAAACGAGUCAUAGGUCUUACUAAUUUGACAUAUGAAGAAAUGACAACAUUACUGGUGCAGGUGGAGGCAAUUUUGAACUCUAGGCCGCUCACUCCUCUUUCUUCAGAUCCUUCUGAUCUAGUUGCCCUCACUCCUUCACAUUUCCUUUUGGGACGAACCAUAGGGAUGACCACCUCACUCGUGAGUAACGAGCAGGAGGCCAAUAACAUCUCUACUCUCACAAGAUUUAAGAGAGUAGAAUAUUUGAAAUCCCAAUUUUGGCGGAGAUUUAACACUGAGUACAUUUCAGAGCUCCAGUUGAGAAACAAGUGGCGCGGGCACGCAGAUGGUCUGCGUCUGCACCAGAUGGUGGUGGUCAAGGAUGACCGCUUACCACCCAAUCGAUGGCUGUUGGGGCGCAUCUCUCAUCUCUACCCUGGGACCGACGGCGUCACCCGCGUUGCUGACGUCACCACCACAUCGGGGGUCGUUCGACGAGCGUACAACCGACUGAUCCCUCUACCACUGUUGGACCAAGAUGCUCCAAGGCCGGCAGCAUGUUGACGCGAGACUACACGCAGCGCCAGCGCCCUCUCGCGUCGCACACCGCGUUUCGGCCGCAGUCGUCUCGAGCGACGGUUCUAAAUUUAUAUUUUUCUCUUCCGAUUCACGGCGCCGCGCCGACCGCACGCGUCCCUACGUUAAUCUUGUAAUAGUAUCAAAGUUAUCAGAGUAAAUAACUUUAAAUUCAUAAAAUCUUUUAUUGCACACUCGUGUAACUACAUCGUGUCGCUGUCAA